AUGGGUGGCAUUUGUUCAAGAUCAUGGAAAGCUACUGUAGAUGGUGUAGCUGUAGAUAAUGUACCGGGUGAAAGUUCGAGACAUUCUGCUAAUGGUCAUGCUAAUAAUGACAAUGAAGGUGGAAAUGGAAUGGCGUAUCAAUCGGUUUCUGCGAAUAUAAAUAGUAAUUCGACUUUGCUUCCUCUUGCUGAUGAGUUUGAUAAGCAUCAACGAGAGUCGUUUUCUUUUAGUGGAUUGGAGAAGGUUCCGUAUGGGCCGGGUAUGGAAGAUGUCAAUGAUGGGAUUCCUAGACUGCCUCGGACGUUAUCGCAUAAGUCUAGAAAAACUGUUAAGGUAUCAGAAGUAAGUUCCCUCUUGGGCAGAGCUGGUACAGCCGGACUUGGCAAGGCCGUAGAUGUUUUGGACACACUAGGUAGUAGUAUGACAAAUUUGAAUCUCAGUAGUGGUUUUACAUCGGGAGUUACAACAAAAGGGAAUAAAAUUUCAAUUUUGGCCUUUGAAGUUGCAAACACAAUAGUUAAGGGUGCCAAUCUAAUGCAAUCUCUUUCAAAAGAGAGCAUUAAACAUUUAAAAGAGGUCGUUCUACCAUCUGAUGGAGUGCAAAAUUUAGUAUCUAAAGAUAUGAAUGAACUCCUGAGAAUUGCUGCUGCAGACAAGAGAGAAGAAUUGAAAAUAUUUUCAGGCGAAGUUGUGCGUUUUGGAAAUCGAUGCAAAGAUCCUCAGUGGCACAACCUGGAACGCUAUUUCGAGAAGUUAGGUUCAGAGCUUUCACCACAAAGGCAAUUGAAAGAGGAGGCAGAGAUUGUGAUGCAACAAUUAAUGACCUUUGUUCAAUAUACUGCCGAAUUAUAUCAUGAAUUGCACGCUUUAGACAGGUUUGAUCAAGAUUAUCGACGCAAGCUUCAAGAAGAAGACAGUUCAAAUGCCACACAGAGAGGAGACAGCCUUGCAAUUUUAAAAGCAGAACUGAAGAGUCAAAAGAAGCAUGUAAGAAAUUUGAAGAAAAAAUCACUGUGGUCCAAGAUUUUGGAAGAGGUGAUGGAAAAGCUUGUAGAUAUCGUCCAUUUUCUAUAUUUGGAGAUAAACGAAGCAUUUGGUAGUGUCGAUAUGGAUAAGCAAGUGAAAGAUUCUCAAGGCAACCAUAAGAAGUUGGGGGCUUCUGGUCUUGCUUUGCAUUAUGCAAACAUUAUCACUCAAAUUGAUACUCUGGUGUCUCGAUCAGGUUCUGUGCCUCCCAAUACUCGGGAUGCUCUAUAUCAAGGGCUGCCUCCUAAUGUAAAAUCAGCACUGCGCUCGAAGUUACAGUCAUUUCAGGUUAAAGAAGAGCUUACUGUCCCACAAAUCAAAGAUGAAAUGGAGAAAACAUUGAAGUGGCUUGUUCCUAUUGCGGCUAACACAACCAAAGCUCAUCAUGGCUUUGGAUGGGUUGGAGAAUGGGCAAACACAGGGUCCGACGUCAAACCUGCGGGCCAGUCAGACUUAUUGAGAAUUGAAACACUACACCAUGCCGAUAAAGAUAUAACAGAAUUGUAUAUACUUGAACUGGUUGUCUGGCUACAUCACCUAGUCAGCCAAGUAAGAGUUGGUAACGGUGGAAUAAGGUCCCCUGUCAAAUCUCCGAUUCGUUCUCCUAACCAGAAAACAUUGCAAUUGUUUACACAGAAAGGCUGUUCUACUUCUCCCUUGUUAACAAUCGAAGAUCAACAAAUGCUUCGAGAUGUUGGCAAGAGGAAACUUACGCCCGGAAUCAGUAAAAGUCAGGAAUUUGAAACUGCCAAGACUAGGUUGAGCAAACACCAUAGGCUAAGCAAGAGUAGUAAUCAUUCCCCAAUCAGUGAAAGCAAAAACGAUAUAUUCUGCACAAGACGGCGGCUACCUUCUGUUCCUUUCAUCGACUUUGAUAUUGACCGAAUAAAGGCCUUGGAUGUCAUUGAUAGGGUGGAUAGCAUUGGAGGUUCAUAA